GGUCUGGCUCUGACAGGUCCCUGCAGCGUCUUGCGCACGGACAGACAGUGGGACCAGGAGGGGGCGGCCCUGGGGACAGGUGAGCCCGAGCACACCCUCUCCUCUCCAGCUCCUCCGUUCAGGGCGUGGACUUUGGGGUGGGAGGCCUUUCUCACCCACGCCCCGUCCGAUGGGCACAGCCUCCCGUCAGCCCCAGCUGACUUUGUAUCAAGUCAGAGUCCUGAUUUUGGAUGUCAGCGAUCUAAAUAUUUUUCAAAACACUGCAUGGCCCAAACAGAACACAGCCACACCCCGAUUCUGCCUUGGGCCUUUUCUGUGUCCCUCCUGGUCCAGUGGAGCCCCAGGUGGCAAACUGUCCACACCAGAUGGGCAAUGAGGAAAGGAUGGGGGUGCUGGGGGGCUUGGGCAUCCCCGGGGACCGAUGUCAUGGAGGCCGACUGUGGGUGACCUUGUGGUGUGGCCCCGCUGGGUCCAGAGUGGCCUGGGAGGAAGGCUGACGCGCCCCGUGUUUUCUUCCCAGUUUGAAGAAAGGAGAAGACUAGACGAAUUGAUCGAAAGUGGGAAGGAAGAAGGCAUGAAGAUUGACCUCAUCGAUGGCAAAGGCAGGGGCGUGAUCGCCACCAAGCAGUUCUCCCGGGGCGAUUUUGUGGUGGAAUACCACGGGGACCUCAUCGAGAUCACCGACGCCAAGAAGCGGGAGGCUCUGUAUGCGCAAGACCCCUCCACCGGCUGCUACAUGUACUAUUUCCAGUAUUUGAGCAAAACCUACUGCGUGGAUGCAACUAGAGAGACAAAUCGCCUGGGAAGACUGAUCAAUCACAGUAAAUGUGGGAACUGCCAAACCAAACUGCACGACAUCGACGGCGUGCCUCACCUCAUCCUCAUCGCCUCCCGCGACAUCGAGGCGGGGGAGGAGCUCCUGUACGACUAUGGGGACCGCAGCAGGGCCUCCAUCGAGGCCUACCCCUGGCUGAAGCAUUAACCGCCCGCCUCCCCCCUUCAGUGGACAAAGUGCCCUCAAAGGGAAUUGAUUUUUUUUUUUUUUACACACACACUUAAUAUUAGCAGAUUACUUCAGAUGUUUUUAAAAAGUAUAUUAAGAUGCCUUUUCACUGUAGUAUUUAAAUAUCUGUUACAGGUUUCCACAGUGGACUUGAACAGAUGGCCUUAUAUUACCAAAACUUUUAUAUUCUAGUUGUUUUUGUACCUUUUUUGCAUACAAGCCGAACGUUUGUGCUUCCCGCGCUCGCUCGCGUGCAUGCAGUCAGGCUCGGCGCAGGUUUCAGAGGAGAGAGUCUUCGAACACGAACCAGGAAGUGGGGGGCUGCGGAGCCCGGACUCUUCCCCGCACCCCGACAUCCGAGCGCGCACCCCGAUGUACGAGCAGCACGGGGCGGCCAAGAAGACGCCUGCCGCCUCCCGACGGCCCCCACGGGAUGUUCCCAAGCUCUUGUUUUCCUGCCGUCUGGACAGGCGCACACGGAAGUGUAUGAAUCUUUUUUAAAGGGUUUCGCAGUAA